GCACAUAGCGACAUCCCUUUCUAACUGCACUCAGGUGAAGAUCAACUCUUAGUUGUCAUUCUGUAAUACGGGCCUAAAAGUUAUAGCAUGUGCAAGCACUUAUAGUAGCUAUAACAUUGUAUGGAUUUUCUGGGUGCAACAUUGUAAAUUCAAACAUAGGCUAAGUCCUGUUUAUAAUGCAAUAUAUUACUCCAUCUUUAAUCAUCUUUCUUUAUAGUCAAAAGUGGGUCUUAAGAGUUAAAUUAUAGUUAAACGAAUUAACCAAGAAAUAAAAAUCGAUAACCAAAGAUAUUUGACUAGCUAUGUUCGUUUGCUACACGAUUUAAAGAAAACAACAAAAAAACAAUUCAUUUCUACAAACACUUAAUGAUUCAGAGAGAUGCCAUAAAAAAAGAAAAAGAAGAAGAAGAUUCAGAGAGACUUUUUGGCGGGAUCGGGAAGCGUCACUUUAGCAGUUUUGUUUUUCUUGUUAAAAAUUGUGUUGUGGCGGAUGUUAGUGUAUAAUAAUGGUGGAUUAUUAACUACCAAGUGUUCGGGAACAUGCACAAAUGUUGGCAAGUGAAACAAAAUAGCGGAAAGUAUCUUUCGACGUUCCCUCAAGAAGUCCACGGGGAGGUUCUAGUAAAUCCCCGCACUUUUACUGAAACAUAGGGAAAGGGGGAUUGAUUUGACUGCUACUUACUUUGACUUGAUUUAUUACUUUGACCACGAGUGCUAUAGUAUUUGUAAACAUUUUAACACUUGACAUUGGCUAAAUGCACAAGCCGUGCGAAGCCAUUAAAAAAAUGAUUCAGAAAUAAUAGUAUAUUAAUUCUCUACAAACAAAAAAUGUUCCCACGACACCAUCAGUCCGGCUCAAUGGUAACUGAAACAAGAAGAUAUUUACUGAUAAUAUUUAAAUAAAAAAUACUAAAGUUAAUAAAUAUAUAGAAAACAUGCGCAUACAUUCAUGUUUCUCAUUCCAAUUCGAUUGAACAUACGCGAUGGUAUAAAUAAAUAUCUAACAAAUACUCUUUUGCUAGCACAACAUAAGGAAAAUUUCUGGUGUUGUGACUUUUUAUCUCCGCAACUGAUUCAAUAUUUUUUGUACCACCACCUUUAGAUCAGUCACGGUAUACGAUUUUGGCACUCAUCAUACUACACGUAAGAAAUAAGGUUUAUAAUUUAGGGUGUCUAUGGAUGGACCUGCGAUCCUUUCUUCUUAUUUUAAAUGGCCUUUUAUUAGAAUUUCGUCGGUACUUACGCUAUCUAGUUGUUUGAUUUACUGUCGGGAUUAAAAUAUUAACUAAUAAUAAAUAAAAUAUUUCAAUUUUAAUGUCAUUGUUAUAUUACAAAUAAAAAAAAACUACAAUACAUCGUUUAACGUUAAAUUGAAACAACCGCCUUCUUAACAGAUAUAAUAGUACGUAAGUUUUUUUGUUGCAUAUUUUAUAUGAAACAUCAUAGACGCGUAUCCCAAAAAGAUGGAACUCGCGCUUGCAGUGGUCUCAACUGGUCCGAGAUAUCAUCUCUGUGAGCGGUGUCUAUGUGUAUCUAUGGAUUCACCUGCGAUCUUAUCUUCAUAUUUUAAAUGGUCUUUAUUAGAAUUUCGUUGCUUUGCCAUAGCGCAUUUUAAAGUAAAAAUCUUAAAAAAAUAAAAGCCGUUACUACCUUGUUGUUGUCAAACCAAUAUCUGAUGAUUUGUUAAGUGUGGAUAUUUUCAUCAUUAUGACUAGUAGGUAUACAAAUCGAAUUUUCGAAUACAAAAACUGCUAUGUGAAUUCAGCAUUACUUGUUGUAGGGCCCCGUUUCCGCACGUAGACUCCGUACUUGGUCCAUUGUGCGUGCAGGAUAUGUUGGGCUAGCUAGCUUAGACAGUCCAGCUACUUCCAGAAGCGCAGUAGUUUCCUGGGACUCUCACAGACUAGGAGCGUCCUCGGCUCCCCGAGGAUUGAUGCCCGGUGUUCUGCCACGCUCGUGCAUUCCAGGAUCACAUGAGCGGCCGUUUCACCAUUAACGGUGAACAGACGUUGCUUAAAAAAAAAUUAUGUGCAUCAUUUUGAAUACUGUCAAAUAUUAAUAGCUGUGUUUUAUUAUUAUAUUUUUUGCACAUGGCAGAUAUUGGUUUGGCAACGACCGUUAUUUUAUUUAUGUAUAAAAACGAUCGACUUAAGUUAUGACGGUUUUCUUUAUUAAAAAUAUAGAAGUCAAUUGUGUUGAAUUCAUUGAGUGUUUUUUAAAAGUUCCUAUUUUGUACUGGUUCCAUUUUAUCACAACUUGUUUUUUCGAUAAAAGUUUUUAGCAUCCCUUUUUCUUCGUCUUAUGUUCAAGCGGUCUCUAUCACUCGGACAGGUGGAAACCCAUACCUCCCUAUGCGGUAAUGUUAAAAACACCUUGCACAUCAGCUGGUACCCAGUAUUUGAUGUGAGUCUUGUGGUCCUGAUGAGUCCUUCAAAAGGUUGAAGAGCAAUUGGAAUAAAUAAUAUUGACCUACUUCAAAGUUCACGUUGCAUUUUGGUACAAAUUGCACGUUUUUUGUAAAAAUAUCUUCACAUUCUGUUUUUCACACAAUAAGUGUGGAAUUAGUGCGAAGUGCCCCGAUAACAUUUUAAAAGAUCAUAAAAUAAAGAUUUCGUUUUUUUAUAAUAUAAGCCGUAUAAAGUAAGCGAAAUAACUUUAAAACAUGUGAAAAUUCGUUGGGAACUCUUGUCAAUGGAUUGUAUAAGUACUUCAUCCAUGACUAAUAUUUUAUAUCUACAUGUGAAAUAAUAGCUCUGUCUGUCUGUGACUCAAAUGUGUCUAAGCUGCUGAACUGAUUUUUCUUAAAUUGUAUGGCUAUAGAAAUUUUUAGUAUGAUUGUGAAUGGAACUGGGUAGAAACGCAAUUAUGUUUUAUUACCAAUAUUUAAAUUAAAGGAGAUGAAAUACGACACAGAACUCUGUAUCAAAGAUACUGAUUAUUUCACGCAGCUGAACUCGCAGGCACCGACUAGUUUAUACUAAGCCUACAAAAAGUAAGGAGAGCCAAUUUAAUGCCUAUUUGAGACGAAAAACGUCGUGUCACAUCUAUGAGUAACUCUAAAAAUACACCAUGCGAAUUUCCGAAGCUUUUUGCUAACAUUGUAUAUAAGGCUCAAUGUUCUGGAGGCAGUCAGUCCGUGUUUGGAAUCAGUGCAAGAUGGACCUACUCCCACUUUUCAUUGCUUUGUCCGCCGGUGGAGCAUCCAAUAUGGCUUCCGCUACAAUUGCACCGACCAUUGAACUCCACGAUGGAAACAAGAUACCUGUGAUAGCAUUGGGAACUAAUAAAGUGAAAGGAGAUGUGAUGCGUCAAACUGUUAACGUUGCGGUGGAGGCGGGAUUCAGGCACUUUGACACCUCUUUCCUGUACGAAAACGAGGAGGACCUCGGCAAGGGCAUCCAUGACGUCAUUGAGAAGGGGCUGGUAAAGAGAGAAGAUUUGUUCAUUACUACUAAACUGUGGUACGUCAAGCAUGGUAGUGAUCAGGUGCUGUCUGCGCUAAGAGAGGCUCUGGGAAGACUCGGGCUUGAAUACGUGGAUUUGUGCCUUAUUCACACUUUUGAUUAUGAAAACGAGGAUGGUUCUCCUGCCGAUGUCGACUUCCUAGAUACAUGGAAAGGAAUGGAGGAAGCGAAAAAUCUAAGUCUGACCAAGUCCAUCGGUGUGUUUAACUUCGACACAGAACAAGUGAAGAAAGUUAUGGAGCACAGCCAGAUAAAACCCGCUGUUAACCAAAUUGAGAUCCACCCAGCACACACACGCGAAGCUUUGGUAUCAGAAAUGGAGGAGCUCGGUCUUAAAGUAAUGGCGUUCAGUCCUUUAGGAUUCCUGGUGGACAGGGGUCAGAAGGACGCUCCUGCUCCACACAUUGACGACCCUGAACUGACCAAAAUAGGAGAGAAGUACAGCAAGACCACAGUACAAGUUGUGCUGCGGUAUUUGAUCGAAAGAGGCGUAAUCCCAAUUCCUGAAUCUACUAAGAAAGAGCACCUGGAGCAGAACAUCGAUAUUUUCGACUUCUCUCUCACACCUGAAGAAGUUGCUACCAUCAACAAGUUUAACGUCAACAAACCCGUAUUUAAUCCUGAAGAUGACGAUUAAUAAAUAUUUUAAAAUUUACAGCGGUUGUAUGAAAUUUAACACCCAACCCUUUCUGUAUAAAUAACCUGUAAUUUAA